AUGACGGCCAUUGCAGCACUUCCGGAUAGAGCGCCAGGUAUGCCGGUAGUGGCAGCAACACCCCAAUAUCCCAAAAGGGACGAAGAUGACGCUGCAGAGUUUGGUGUCUUUGUGAGAAAUGAGGAUGAGGAGCUUGACCUCGAAGAGGUAGUGGAACCCUGGCACAAAUACGAUAAUAAAAAAACUCCGCAUGUAUACUACCCUAUUCUCCUUGGGGAAGUUAUCAAUGGGAGAUACUUGGUAGAGCAUAAAGUCGGCUCUGGCGGUUUCGCUACCGUUUGGAUGGCUCAUGACCUUCAAGAUAAGAAGGAUGUGGCCCUUAAAAUUAUGUCUUCGGGAGAAUGGGGAGAUAUCGAAACCCGUAUACAGGCCGAAAUCCUUCAACGUGUACAAGAUAUCUCUCACCUUGUGACCUAUUUAGCGACAUUUCUACUACCUGGAAAUAAUUGCUAUCAUAGAGUUCUGGUACUUCCAUUAAUGGGCCCACCCCUUUGCCAGCUUACUAUAAGAAAUAUAUCUAUGGCUACUCGUAUGUCUGCUGCAAAGCAGUUAUUAGUAGCAUUAGGAAAUUUACAUAAAGCUGGAAUUAUACAUCGCGACCUAAAUGAGAGGAACUGUAUGUGGGGGAUGGUCCCUCUCCAUAACCUUAGCCGGAAUAAGAAGUACGAAGCACUCGGCCGACCACUAAAGCGACUUAUACCAUUUAUCGAUGACCUCUGGAAGAAGGGGGAGCUUGUUCAGCCUAUUAAUGUCCCCGAGAACUUACGUACAGACGAAUUCUAUCUUGGGGAUUUUGGCCUGGCGAUGAAAAUAGGUGAUCCUAUAUAUCAACAUGGCGGCCCACCUGAGCGAUUUUGUUCCCCUGAUCGACUCCAUAAAAAGGGCCUAACCACUGCAUGCGAUAUGUGGAGCUAUAUGGUCCUCUUUUCGUUACUUUACCUGGGCUCCCCUCCUUUCCCUACUAUUUUUAGGGGUGGGAUAAUAGCUGGUAUUGUUUGCCGUUUGGGCCCAUUACCCGAGAAAUGGAAAGGUCUUUAUAUUUACCCUGGAGCGCUCGAUUCCUGGUAUGACCAGCAUACAACUGUCAAUCCAGAACGUGGACUUGAAUCAGUAAUUGCAUAUCAUCGCCCUGAGAGUGAUCCCGUUGAGCGAAAACAUAUUCUGUCUAUUAUGUCUCGGGUAUUCACUUACUGCCCAGAGAAACGCCCUUCCGCAGCAGACCUUUUACGGGAUCCUUCAUUCAAGGCUAUUAUGGACAAAUACGGUAGUUGA